UUACCAUUCUACUAAAUUUACAAUCGCAUUUAAUUCUUAUUCGUUUUUAAACUGCCAUUUAUUGCGUCUUUGAUAUUAUGGAUUUCAGAGAUUUCUCAUGGUCUAACUGAACUUUGUUGCCUUUUCGUUCAUCAAUAGGUCAGCAAUUCAGAGGUGUCCAAUUAUUGAAUUGUGGAGCAAAUCACCAUUGAAAUCUUCGCACGCUUCACUGAGUUCAGCUUCUUUGGCGUUCUCUGGGUCUGUUUAUUUUUGCUCUUGCUUACCUCUGUGGUCUGACGAAUCUGCUUCCCAUAAUUUAGCUCACCAUCAAAGAAGCUGUUACUGGUAACCCACUAUUGAAAUAAUUUAGAUCCAAGUCCCAAGAACAAUUCUGGACAGUUGAUAGUUUCAGACCAGGUGUAGCAUAAAUCAACAGGAGGAGUUUGCUAGAUUACUUGUUUCUCUUCUUCCAGUGGGCUAUAUUUUGGAUAGUUGAGUCAAACAAGACUACAUAGAUGACCGUGGAUGAAGCAGGUAGUAGCUCCUUGUGGAGUCGAGAGCAGGAUAAGGCAUUUGAGAAUGCUCUGGCAACUUAUCCUGAGGAUUCUUCAGAUCGGUGGGAAAAAAUUGCAGCUGAUGUACCAGGGAAAACCAUAGAGGAAAUAAAACAUCAUUAUGAACUCUUAGUUGAUGACAUAAACCAGAUCGAAGCUGGUUUUGUGCCACUGCCUUGCUACAAUUCUUCUUCAGAGGGUUCGACAAGCCAUGCCAGUGACGAAGGAACUAAUAAGAAAGGUGGACAUUCUGGAAACUACAGCAGCGAAUCUAAUCAUGGAACUAAGGCUUCAAGGGCUGAUCAGGAGCGCCGAAAGGGGAUUGCUUGGACAGAGAAGUAUCACAGGCUAUUUCUUCUUGGUUUGGAGAAAUAUGGGAAAGGUGACUGGCGAAGCAUAUCUCGGAAUUUUGUGGUAACAAGAACUCCUACGCAAGUGGCAAGCCACGCACAGAAGUACUUCAUACGUUUGAAUUCAAUGAACAAGGACAGAAGGAGAUCAAGCAUUCAUGAUAUCACCAGUGUCAACAAUGGAGACAUUUCAUCACCUCAAGGGCCAAUAACAGGUCAAGCAAAUGGUUCUGCAGUAGGUUCUUCUGGCAAAUCAACCAAACAAUCUCCUGCUGGGCCUCCAGGGCCAGGGGUUGGCAUGUACGGUGCACCGACUAUAGGACAACCGAUUGGAGGACCCCUUGUAUCAGCCGUCGGCACACCUGUGAAUCUCCCUGCAGGGCCUCCACACAUGGCAUAUGGUCUGAGAGCCCCCGUACCUGGAGGAGUUGUUCCGGGGCCACCAAUGAACAUGGUUCCCAUGACAUAUCCAAUGCCUCACACUUCUCAUAGGUAAUGUGAUAUUUGGCAGUAGCAGCAGCAGCAGCUUCAGAAUGUAGUGUACAAAGAACAGAGACCACCACCCUUGUAGCUUGUGCUCGAUGUUGGGAUUUUAGGAUCAUUUCGCUCUGAGCCUGCAUGUUUUAGGUAUUAGCAAAGCACAAGUUGUUGAAUGUUUUACCAUUACUAGUCUAUUCUUGUACGAAAUAAGCCAUUUCUAUAUGGGGGAAGAAUUACAUGAAUGUGUAUAGGCGGCAAUUGGGAAAAAGAUGGCGAUAUUUAUUGGCAGGUAGAAGUCCUAGUAUUUGUUUUGUCUUUGAUGGAAAUCGUUUGAGCAUUGGAAGGCAGUGAAGAGCUGUUGUAAGGCAAAACUUGUGGAGGGACGCUUUGACAUUUGAAAUAUUAUUUUGGGUAGCAA